GGGAAAAUAAUCUACUGGGCAAUUUUAAAUAGGGGGCUUCGAAUUCUUAUCAGCUAUCAAUGAUGCAAUGGUCUCCUCAGCCGAUCGCUCACAGAACCCGUCCACCUCUCUGUAUUUUCCAGCUAGAGAACAUGGAGGGUGCCAGUCGCAGCAGGAACUCCUCCACGAGUCACAGUCAAGGUCGCGGCCAGGACAUUGAGGAUCUCAAGCAAGACAUUCCCUACUUUGACGCACCGCAGGCCCUCGAUUCCGAUCUUCUUGAUCUGGGCAAGAGCGAAUGCCAGCUGGACGAGCUGGCCUGGGAUCCCGCUGCGGAUGUGGAUGCGGAAGUGGGUGCGGAUGUGGGUGCGGAUGUGAAUGCGGAUGCGCCGCUAGAGACGGCUCCCGCCGUCGAGCUCGAGGAGGACAACUAUCCGGAUGAGAAUGAGAGCUCGGUGCUUGGCAGCGACUAUGCGCCCAGUGGGAGUGGCAGUGGUGAGAACAGUUUCUAUCAAUCGCCCACGCCCUCUGCCGCCGGAUCCGGUUGCGAUCUAAUGCUCCGACCGCCCUCCAGUUCCAUGUACCACUUCAAUUACCGAUCGCCGGGUAGUCCAAUGCCUGCGGCUUCAGGAGUGACCAACUCUCGUGGUCUGCAUCCGUUUGCACAUCCCCCGGCGCAUGGCAAUCCGUCUGGUUUCUAUCCGAACAUGUGGUAUCCGAAUGCACCAUACGGACCGGCAGCAUCCGCAGGAGGAGCCGCGUCCGGUGGCAGGUACAUGGGCUACGGACCGGGCGGAGUGCCCGGAGGAGCCAGUUCUGGGCCCGGUGCGGCUCCGGGAGCAAUGCAGGCGGCAUAUCCUGGACACUCGGCCCACAUGCAUGCGCUGCACCAUCAAUAUCCGCAGCCACAUCCGCACGCCCACCACCCGCAGCAUCCGCAUCAUUCACCACAUCCGCACCACCCGCAUCCGCACGAGACCAUGAUGGAGAUGUUUCAGCUCUCGAAUAGUGGUCGGGAGGCGCGAAACCGGGCGGAAAAGAACCGGCGAGACAAGCUGAAUGGAUCCAUCCAGGAACUAUCCACAAUGGUGCCCCAUGUGGCGGAGUCACCACGUCGAGUGGACAAAACAGCCGUUCUGCGCUUCGCCGCCCACGCAUUGCGAUUGAAGCAUGCCUUCGGCAACAGUCUGAUGCAGCAGCGACCACAGAUCACGGACACCCUGAUGGACAUGAUGGACAGCUUCUUCCUCACACUCACCUGCCAUGGCCACAUACUGCUGGUCUCGGCCAGCAUUGAGCAGCACCUGGGCCACUGUCAGUCGGAUCUGUAUGGGCAGAGCAUCAUGCAGAUCACCCAUCCCGAGGACCAGAACAUGCUCAAGCAGCAACUGAUCCCCACCGAGCUGGAGAACCUCUUCGACGCCCAUGGCGAUUCGGAUGCGGACGGUGAGCCCCGCCAGCGGAGCAAAGACGAGGAGGACGCCAUCGAUCGCAAGCUGCGCGAGGACAGACGCAGUUUUCGAGUGAGAUUGGCUCGUGCUGGUCCCAGAUCGGAACCCACCGCCUACGAAGUGGUCAAGAUCGAUGGCUGUUUUCGGCGUAGUGACGAAGCGCCACGCGGCGUACGCUCCAAUCAUUUCAGCUCCAAUAUGCAGUUGAUCAGGAGGACGCGCGGGCGUGAUGAUGUCAUUCCUCUGCACACCAUUAGCGGCAACGAUAUCAUUCUGACUGGCUGCGCCCGGAUCAUCCGUCCGCCAAAGAUCGCCAGUCGGCUGAUUGAUGCCAACACAAUGGAGUACAAAACCCGCCACCUGAUCGACGGCAGGAUCGUCGACUGCGACCAGAGGAUAGGUAUUGUGGCCGGCUACAUGACGGACGAGGUGCGCCAUCUCAGUCCAUUCACCUUCAUGCACAACGACGAUGUGCGCUGGGUGAUCGUGGCCCUGCGGCAAAUGUACGACUGCAAUAGUUCUUAUGGCGAGUCCACUUACCGGCUGUUCACCCGCAACGGGAGCAUCAUCUACCUGCAAUCGAAGGGCUAUCUGGAGAUCGAGAAGGAGACGAACAAGGUGCACUCCUUUGUCUGUGUGAACACGCUGCUUGGCGAGGAGGAGGGCAAGCGGCGGGUGCAGGAGAUGAAGAAGAAGUUCUCGGUGAUCAUCAACACCCAGAUACCGCAGGCGACCAUCGAUGUGCCCGCCUCCGAGCAUCCGGCUCUGCUGGAGAAGGCCGUGCUGCGGCUCAUCCAGAAUCUGCAGAAAUCAGGCGAGAAUGGCUGCCAUGGUGACGUCGAUGAAACACAGGAUGACGACGACGAUGAGGAGGAUGAUGAUGAGGAUCAGGACGAUGGCGCACGCAGUGUGUCCCAAUUCGGCGAUCCCUAUGAUAGCCACCACGGUCGAUCGAAUCGUGGUGCCUCGGCACUUUCCUCCCACGGGCAUGGUAGCUCCAAGACCCCGCCCCUGGCACUGAUUCCACCGGAAACAUGCUCCGUCAAGUCGUCGAUUUCGAAGAGCAUUAGGGUGGUGAAUGUAACGGCGGGCAAACAUCUGCGCGGUGUCCACGGAUCCACGGCGACAGUCAAUUCGCCUAGCUCCUUGGGCAGUUGCACCUGCAGCGAGUCUCAUUCGCCCUGCGACUUCUGCCAGGGUUCACCCCCGCCCGAUCCCCAGGCGGUUGGGUCCACCCUAAAGAGGAGCAGCACUGCUCUGACGGAGACCGAGGAGAAGCAGCCCAAGCGGCGCUUUAUGCCCAGCACUGAAAUCGAGCACGUGCUGCACACGUCACUGGACCAAAUCGGGCGAAAUCUGACCCAACAACUCAAUGUGGCCAGGAAUUUGCGGGAACAGAGCCAGCUUUUCGAGUUGCCCCAUGCCAACCAGCGGUUCGAUGAGAUCAUGCAGGAGCACCAGAAACAAAGUGAACUGUAUGUGAACAUCAAGAGCGAGUACGAGGAGCAGCUGCAGCACAAGGCCACCACCCGCAAGUCAUCGGAGUCGGAUCGAAAUCAUGAGGAACAGCCGCUUCAGGAGGACGACCAGAACUAGAGAGAUGGG